AGAAUGAGUUUAGUUUGAUCCCUUCCGUUGUGGUGAGCUCACCUGAAGCUGGUCGCUUGUCUAUAUAUUACCCUGCCUCCUGCACAGUGCACACCCCUCUACUCCGCAGCUUGCACAUCUGCUACCUGCCGUCUCUCUGCACCCAGCCCUUUGGCAAGACCUUUCUUCUUAGCUUGUAUUUCUCCUCCAGCAGCAACAGUUCAGUGCCAGUUCUGGUGACUAACUGCAUCUGUAGCGUUGGCAUCUGGGCGCCCACGGCGCCGGCAGGGGCACAGCCGUCCCCUUCAGCUGGUAUCCACUUAAUCUUCUCUUCCAUCUGUGUAUAUGUCCUGAUUCGUCUGAUUCCAUAUCUAGCAUAAUUUUUACGGUCCUGCUCUUCCAUUGUCUUGAGCUUAAUCUUCACUUCUUGGUUGAUCACAUGCAGGUACAUCGAUAACAACCCAACGAUGGAGACGGCCGGGAUCCGCGCGGCGACCUGGGUGGUGGGCAAGGCGCUGAGCCCGCUGUCUGGCGGCUUGCUGGAGGCAUGGGGUGCUAGUUCCAUGCUCGGAUCCAACAUGGAGGACUUGAAGAUGCAGCUGCUGUACGCACAUGCCAUGCUCAACAACGUCCAAGGCAGGGAGAUCCACAACCCUGCCUUGGGUGAGCUACUAGACAAGUUGCGGCAGCUCGCGUAUGGGGCAGAUGAUUUGCUGGACGAGCUCGAUUACUUCCGCAUCCAGGAUGAGCUCGACGGUACCUACCAUUCUGCUGACGCGCAUGCUGCAGGCUGUGUCCCAGACCUCGUCCUCAACGCUCGCCAUACGGUCAGAUCUUGCGUGAAUAAGGUCAAGCUACCAGCAUGCUCGCGUGCUGCCACACGUGAUGAGCAACAAGAUGGUGUCAAGCAAGGAUGCUUUUCUCGCAUAUGCUCGUGUGGCAGGUGUGAUAUCUGCUCCUUACCACCAUCACCCGCAAGCCAGGUUGGCCUGGAGGUUGACAAAGGAUGCGUGCCGAAGGUUGCCUCCAGUGCUCGAGACGCCGCCCGUACCGUCGGUAAACACUUUCCGUGCUAUUCUUUUCCGUCCGUUCACGAUGAUGAUUCUGACACUAGCGUACGUGAACAACGAUUUGUCUGUGGUGCCUGGCAGUCCUCCAAGGCACCACAGAGGAAUCAUGACGCACAAGCACCAAGGUUAAAAUUUGAUAGAGUUGAAUUGUCUAAAAAAAUUAGGGACAUCGUAGAACAGCUGAAGCCCGUUUGUGCGAUGGUUUCCACCAUUCUUAAUCUUGAGCUACUUGGCUCCAGCCGUACCCCUAGUAAGGAAACUGCUAUGAACAGAGCCCAAACCACCCCAGAUAUCGUAGAGCCUAAGUUAUACGGGAGGGAUAGCCAAAAAAUUUUUGUUGAAAAUGAAAUUGUUAACGGUGAAUAUUGUGCACUUACCGUGCUUCCUGUUGUUGGCCCGGGCGGUAUUGGCAAGACAACAUUCAUACAACACAUAUAUGAUCAGAUGAAGAGCCAUUUCCAGAUACCCAUCUGGGUAUGUGUCUCUCUCGAUUUUAAUGCAAGUAGGUUGGCAAAUGAAAUUGUGAAAAGGAUCCCCAGAGUUGAUAAUGAAAACAAUAAUUGCAGUGAUGAAGAGCUUAUCAAGCAAAGAAUCAAAGGGAAGAGGGUUUUACUUGUUUUAGAUGAUGUGUGGACACAUCAUGAGAGCGACUGGACAAAACUAAUAGCUCUAUUUAAAAAAGAGGGGGCAAAAGGUAACAUGGUUAUAGUCACGACUCGAAUACCCAAGGUAGCAAACAAGGUUAAGACAACUAAGUGCUCACUAGAAUUGGAGCGACUAUCUCCCAAAGAUAUUAUGGCUUUCUUUGAAGAAUGUGUAUUUGGUGACCAGAAACCAUGGGUUGACCAUCCAGGAUUAGAUGAAGUUGGGAGCAAAAUAGUGGAGAAGCUGAAGGGUUCUCCUCUUGCAGCAAAAACUGUGGGUAGAUUACUAAGAAAAAAACUUACAGUAGACUACUGGGUAAGCAUUCUGGAAAGCAAAGAGUGGGAAUCACAAACAAACGACAAUGAUAUUAUGCCUGCUUUAAAGCUCAGCUAUGAUUAUCUUCCUUUCCAUCUACAAAAAUGUUUUUCGUAUUGUGCUUUGUUUCCUGAAGAUUACGAAUUUGGUAGAGAAGAGCUCGUUCACUUGUGGAUUGGACUAGAUAUAUUACAUUUGUGUGAUAUGAACAAAAAAAGAAUUGAAGAUGUUGGACUUUUCUUUUUAAAUGAAUUGGUUAAUCAUGGAUUUUUUAAAAUAACUAAUAAUCAGGAUGGAAGGCCUUUUUAUGUAAUCCAUGACCUACUACACGAGUUGGCGGUGCAUGUUUCAUCGUCUGAAUGUCUUAGCAUAUAUAGCUCUAACGUGAAGGACAUACAAACCCUCCCUACGGUACGUCACUUGUCUAUUAUCGUGGAUAGCACAGAUGUCAAGAAUAGAAUGUCUUUUAAAGAUUAUAAUGAUAAUCUGAGUGCACUAGGGAAAAGAUUGAAAGUACAAAAUCUACAUACUUUAAUGUUGUUUGGAGAUUACCAUGGAAAUUUUGCCAAAACUUUUGGUGGUUUGUUUAGGGAGGCUAAAGCCAUUCGCGUCAUUUUCUUGUCCGGAGCGUCAUACGAUGUGGAUGAUAUAUUCCACAACUUUGCAAAACUUGUCCAUCUUCGCUACCUAAGGAUCAAGCCAUUGUCUCGCAGGAUCUUGUCCUUACCAAGCGUGUUAUUCAGAUUGUAUCAUUUAGAGGUUAUUGAUCUAAGCAACGCGGAUCAUUGUGUUAUUUCAACUAGAUAUAUGAGCAACCUUGUAAAAAUACGUCACUUUAUUGUGCAAAAGGACAAGUUUCACCUUCAUUCUAACAUUUUUAGGGUGGGAAAACUAAAAACAAUUCAGGAAUUAAAGGAAUUUAGGGUGAGAAAGGAGAGUGAGGGUUUUGAACCGAGUCAGCUUGGGCAAUUGACCGAGCUUAGGGGAUCACUUGGCAUUUAUAAUCUUGAAAAGGUGAAAACAAAAGAAGAAGCAAAUGAAUUAAAACUGAUACAUAAUAAACACUUACGAGAACUCAUGUUAGAAUGGAAUCCUGAGCGUUCUAAAAAGAAUCCUUUACAAGAAGAAAAUAUUCUUGAAAGUCUUGUACCCCAUAGCAGUCUUCAAGAGCUACACAUUAAAGGGCAUGUGGGCACUAAUUGCCCAUCCUGGCUCUGUGAUAAUCUCUCAGUUAAAUGUUUGGAAUCUCUUUGUCUUGAUGGUGUAUCGUGGAAGAAUCUUCCGCCUCUAGGAGAGAUGUGGAUGGUUAAUGAGCGUGGUGAAGAGUAUCAGUGUUGUAGUAUCUCACCUCCAAGCUUUCAUAAUUUGAAAAGGCUGCAAUUAAGCAACAUAUUUAGUUUAACAAAAUGGGUUGGAAAUGGUGCUUGUGCUUUUUUCUCCCACUUGGAAGUGUUCAUCGUAAAAAAUUGUUCCAAACUUACAGAGUUACCUUUUUCACAUCCUACUUGCUGUCAAGCACAACAAGACGAGAAAAUGGCUUGGUUUCCUAAACUACGAGAGCUUGUUAUUGUAGACUGCCCAAAACUAGCGUCGUUGCCUCCUAUCCCUUGGAGGAUUCAUGCUCCAUGCUCUGCUGAGCUACAAAGUGCGGGAUCAGAUUUUGAGAAGCUCAUUUACAAAAGAAUAGAUGGAAAUGAAGUACGGGUGGAAGUUGAGGGAAAACAUGGUGACGGUGAUGUGUUGUGGAAUGUGUUGAAUUUCUCUAAUCUAGCCGAUGUGGAAUAUUUGCAUAUGGAGAGAUGUUCUCUCCUGCCGUUGAAUCACAUGCGAGUGCUAACUUCUCUGAAAAAGAUCGAGAUAGUAGGUUGUUUGAGUAGCAUCUUGCCAUGGGGUCAAGGCGUGGGUCAUGGCAUAUACCGGUUUCCAUGUGAAUACUUUGAAAUCACUCGGUGUGAUACUAGUGGGGAAGAAUUGACGCUGCUGCUCUCAUUCUUUCCGGAGCUCUCGAUCUUGACAAUAGGUGAUUGUAAGAAUAUAACUAGGUUGGGUGUGGCGGAGAAUGCAAAAACUGCUACGGAAGAGCAGCAACAGGCAAGAGGUGAUAAUAACGAGGAAAUAAUAACAGCAGCGACAGCAUCACAAGGACUGCUGCUCUUGCCUUCCAAGAUACAGCACUUGCGUAUUUAUGGCUGUUUCUCCAAUCCAUCGAACGCACGUGGAGGUGGGCUCCAACAUCUGCACUCCCUCCGCACCUUGUCUAUCAGAAGUUGUCCCGAGUUCUUCUCCUCUACUGUUUCGUCCUCCUCUUUUCUCCCUUUUCCGACCUGCCUGCAACACCUCACCCUAGAUGGCGUUAAGCACAUGGAGACGCUGCACGCCAUCUCAAACCUCACCUCCCUCACCGGAUUAGAGAUGGGAUCACUUGGGGAGGCAAGCCGAGGGCUUGUGGCCUCUCCUCGCCCACGGCCGCCUCACAAAACUGGAGCUCCAUGCUGCCUCCGGUUUCUUCGCCGAUCCCGACCCCUCACGGCCGCAUGACACCGAUGUGUUUUCCCGUUCCUCCAAGCUCUUGGAUCUGACCACGGGAAGCAAAACAGGAGUCCUUGCCGCGUCGAUCUGCAGCCUCCUCUCUUCCACCCUCACCAGAUUGAAUCUCAGCUUCGACAACGAGCUGGAG